UCUGUUCUUCCAGCGCCUUGUCAGUCGCACAAUCUUCAAUUAACCGAUACGAGAUGUUCGACAACGGGCAACAAGCAACCGAUUCCGGGUAAUUUUUAGACACUUUCCCGGUGGAGUUGCUUACAAAAAGGUAAGCGAUGACGGCAGCCCAUUGACAGUAACAUUUGGCCCUCAGCCACAGCCACAAAGGCUGCUUCUUUGCAACAUUUUUAAUUUUUACCCUAAGCACAGUGAUUUUGUUGAAAUUUGUUCUUGAUUCGAUUGGAUGCGAGCAUGAAAUUCAAUUUGGUGCAGACACUGGUCUUCACUUUGUGCCUCAUCAGCGCGCAAAUAUAUGGCAUUCAAGAUGCCAGUGGCAAGCGGAUCGUGAGCAAGUACGAGCGCAUCAUGCAGAUGUAUCCGCAGCUCUCCUCCGGCGCAGGAGAGUCCUCGCAGUGGCGGGCGGCCGAGGGCAACCAGCGGCAUCCUUGCAGACGCGACUGCGUCGACAAGCAGCCGAUGACCUGCUACUACUACAUGGUGGUCCACUACGACGACACGAUGGCGGAGACCUGCAAGCGGUACCUCCAGUCCAAAUUCCGCUUCAAGCUGAGUGGCAAGGAGUACAUCGACGGGAUUGCGUUGGCGGUGCAGCUGGCGGCGAACGACGACUGCAAGUACGCCGAUGGUUUGGAGAGCGAGGUGAUGGUGGUCAAUGGCCAGCUGCCCGGAAUGAACAUCGAGGUGUGCUACGGCGACACCGUGGUGGCGGACGUGAUCAACAGCAUGCACGAGACGACGACGAUCCACUGGCACGGAAUGCACCAGCGACUGACACCCUUCAUGGACGGUGUGCCCCACGUGACCCAGUAUCCAAUCGAGGCGGGUCAGGCCUUCCGCUACCGCUUCGAGGUGGAUCACGGCGGCACCAACUGGUGGCACAGCCACACGGAGCACCAGCGCGCCUUCGGACUCGCUGGGCCACUGGUGGUGCGUAUGCCGCCCAAGCUGAAUCCCCACGCGCAUCUCUACGACUUCGAUAUGUCGGAGCACGUGAUCAUGAUCCAGGACUGGGUGCACAACUUCGUGGAGAGCGUGGCCGAGAACAUCCUGAUCAAUGGGCGGGGCAGGAAUCUGAAAAAGGGGGUCAAGGCCGCCAAGCCCACGCUCUACGCCCACUUUCCGGUGGUCAGGGGCGGACGCUAUCGCUUCCGGGUGAUCUUCAACGGCGUCUCGAACUGCCCGAUCAGCUUGAGCAUCGAUAAGCACGACCUGGUGGUCAUCGCCAGCGAUGGCAACGACAUCGAGCCGGUGGAGGUGCAGCGGAUCAUGCUGCACGGCGCGGAGCGCUUCGACUUCGUGCUGCACGCCAACCAGGAGGUGGGCAACUACUGGAUCCGGGUGAAGGGCUACAGCUUCUGUGCGAAGAACCAGCUGCACCAGGAGGCGGUGCUGCACUACAGGGAUGCGGAUACCCGGGCGCUGGACACGCACACCCUGAGCUAUGCCUACGAAGCGCCGGGCAAGACGCUCAACGAACUGGGCGACGAUACGAGUGGUGGUGCGCUUGGUGGGAAUAGCAUAUCAUUGGCCAAUGUCAAUGCGCAGCGGCCGGAACCGGAAGUGGCGCCAUCGGUGACCUUCUACACCAGCAUGAACGCGUUCGAGGUGCGACAAGGCGAGGGCUUCCGCUUCCAGAUGGAUGAUAUCAGCUUCAGCAUGCCCAAGAUGUCGCUGCUGCAGACUCGCAACCUGGGCGUUGGCCAGUUCUUCUGCAAUCGCUCCCAGCAGGCGGACCUCGGAUUCAAUUGCCGCCAGCGACACUGCCAGUGCUCCAACGUCAUCCAGGUGCCGGCCAACCAGCAGGUGGAGUUCGUCAUCUCCAGCCUGUCGCAGACGCCGCACCCUAUCCACCUGCACGGAUACACUUUCCGUGUGGUCGGAAUGGGGGUGCUCGGGGAGCAGAAGAUUGGCCAGAUCGAGCAGAUCGACAAGAAGACGCCGCUGCCGCGACGCGCAAAGGGUGCUCCGUUGAAGGACUCCGUCCAGGUGCCCGCCUUCGGUUACACGAUCCUCCGGUUCUACUCGAACAGUCCCGGCUACUGGAUGUUCCACUGCCACAUAUCGCCGCACUCGGAGAACGGAAUGGCCGCCGUGGUGCGGGUGGGCGAGGAUGUUGAGAUGAAGAUGUGCCCGGUUAGCAACUGCGGACUGUGCAGUUCGAUGGCCUAGUGGGGGCCCUACAUAUGUCCCGAAGUUACCUCACAUAUCCCCUGUAUGAGCAAUAAAUGCGUUACCUUUUUGCUGG